AUGCUGGAGAGUAUGACACAGGCAGCCGGCGCGCCAGGAAUGAUCUCUGGCCUCCCCGGACUCAACUCCACCAAGCUCGACUCUGUGAUGGAAAGUCUCCAGAGACAGCGAAUCCUCGAACAACAACAGACCCUCCAACAGGCCAUGCAGGCAAUGCACAGUGCACAAGCGGCCGGACAAUCCAGGCGCACUCCCUCACCUUCACAGUCGAACGAGAACAGAAGCCGCGGCAGCGACAGCGGCAACGACAACGCCGCCGAUGACGUCGAAGAGAUCAACACCGACAGUAACAAAGCAAAUACUGGCAAUGGCCUACCCGUGCCAAACUUCAACAUUCCCGGUUUCCCGCCAGGCUUCGCCCAGAACUUGCCGGUUAGUCUGCCAAACUUCGACCCUUCCAACCUGCCCCAGGGCGUGCGCGAGCUGGCCAUGCUUCAGCACCAGCAACUCGCCCAGCGCUCCGUGCAGGCAAUCGCAGCCGAGGCCCAGAAGCGUCUCCACAUCCAACAGAACUCGACACCCUUCAACGGCUUCAAGCAGGACGCCAAUCCCCUCGGUGGCAGUCCCUCGACACCUCAGCCGUCGACACCCAAUUCCGGAAACGGCAACAGCUCCUCCAACCAACAAGACUGGACCUUCGAGGAGCAAUUCAAACAGCUUUACGAAAUCGACGACGAACCCGGCCGCAAAGAAUUCCUCGACGACCUCUUCACCUACAUGCAGAAGCGAGGCACGCCAGUGAGCAGAAUCCCCAUAAUGGCGAAGCAAGUACUCGAUCUCUACCGACUGUACAAGCUCGUUGUUGAGCGGGGAGGCCUCGUCGAAGUCAUCAACAAGAAGAUCUGGCGCGAAAUCACCAAGGGACUCAACUUGCCCAGCUCGAUCACCUCCGCGGCUUUCACCCUCCGAACACAGUACAUGAAAUACCUUUACCCGUACGAAUGUGAGAAAGAAAAAUUGUCCUCACCUGGCGAGCUUCAAGCAGCGAUUGACGGCAACCGACGCGAAGGCCGCCGACCUAGCUACGGCAAUCCUUAUGGCUUCCCUGAAGGAGUGCCCAACAUGCAUCCCUUUGGAAACAUGCCUGGCGCUGGAAUGCCACCUCGACUAGGACUCCCCGGAGGAAUGCCACCUAUUCGACCUGAAGAGAGAUUUAUCUCCAAUCAACAGCAGCAACUUCUUCAAGCAGCAAACGCACAGCACAUGGCAGCAAUGGUCGCUCUGGAGGCAAUGCAGAACCAUGCUAAGGCGGCCGCACAAUCGAAAGCAGUCCAACAACUUGUGCAAGGACGCGCUGGCUCGCCGGUCAAACGGGAGCGCGAGAACGACGAGUGCGAGUCUCCCCUUCCGAAAACUCUCCGACUUUUACCACCGCCGACGUCGAGUGCUAUUCCCGGCCUCCCCGGUUUCAAUCCAGCCAACUUGCCCGGCUUCGCCGCCGCUGCUGCUGCCCAGUCCGCUGCCUCUAACCCGUCGACCUCUUCUCCUCCUGCCAGCGCUGCCUUGGAAACGCCCAAGUUCCCCCUGAACUCUCCCCUCGCCGCCCUCGCCCAGCGUAACGCCGAGGCCAACGCUGCCGCCGCUGUCGCCUCAACGCAGAUUACGACAAGCAGCGAUACAGCUAAGCCCACGCCAACUGCCAUGCCUUCUACGUCGUCCUCUAACCCGCUCUCCGCCGUCACUGCCGCGGCCCUUGGACGUCUGUUCCCAGGUCUCAGCGCAAAUAUGGACGCGAAACUCGAUGUAGCAGAGGGCGACCCCGACGACGAUGAGAACCCUGGCUCCAUCAACAUGUCGAUCUGCGUGAAUGGCGUCGUCUACGAAGGCACUCUUUUCGCCAAAAUGGAGGAGACCUACCUCGAAGCCAAGAAGAGCCACACGCCCGAGCAAAGCGAAAAAGUACAAAGCCCGGUUGCUGCGGAUGCCGCCGACGAGCAGAUCACUACCGUCAUGCCAAAGUCGCCGCAGUAG